UUAGAGAGAAAUUAAAAUGAAUACCAAAAUGACCUCCUAAUUUACUUGAACCGAUUAAACUAAACAAGACGCGACAAUUGCGUACAUACAUACAUACUUACAUACAUACAUACAUACACUAAUCCUGUGGCGACUUCCAAAGUGUCUCGUGCGCUGUUUGAAAAACCGGCGGCACACGUUUCUAUCGUAGCCUUUUUGCCAAAAUGAAAUAUACCGGAUUUAUUUUAUUGGUUGCAUUAUUAAUCGUAUGUGAGUGCCGAAAUGAUAGUACAAAGGAGGAAUGGAAACGUUUUAAGUUACAGUUUAAUAAAACAUACGCAACUAAUAAAGAAGAUUUAAAACGAUAUAAAGUAUUUAAAGAAAAUCUUAAGAAUAUUCAUAAACAUAACAAACGAUUUGAGAAAGGGAAGGAGACGUAUUUGCAGGAAAUGAAUAGAUUUGGGGAUUUGACAGAUAAAGAAUUUGGUGAAAUUUAUGGUCUCGCCGAAAACGAAAAUGUUAUAAAAUAUGACGAUGAUACAAAGGCGAAGGAAAAGAAAUCUGGAAACACAUCCACUUCUCAAAGUAAAGAUGAAUUUUUGGAUUGGAGUAAAACUGGGGCUGUAACUCCAGCAAAAGAUCAAGGCACGUGUGGAUCUUGCUGGAUAUUUAGUGCAGUGGGUGCCUUGGAGAGUUACAAUUUUAGAAAAACAGGAAAGUUGAUUUCUUUCAGUGAACAAAACAUUGUGGAUUGUUUCUCAAACGAUACUUGCGAAGGAGGAGUACCAGAGUAUGCUGCUAAGUAUAUAUACAAUCACGGAAUACAUCUGGAAUCUGAUUAUCCCUACACAGCAGGACAAGACGCUUGCAAAAUCCUGAUAAAACCAACUAUUAGAAUAGAUUUUAACGAUACUUCUUUCACGAAAGGUACUGAUGAGGACCUUAAACAAGGGGUUAAGGAGCAUGGUCCCCUUUCUGUUUGUUUGUACGUUACUGCCAAUUGGAGGUUUUAUGGUAGAGGAGUUUGGUACCAUAACAAAUGUUCAUACGAGUCAAAUCACUGCGUGCUGUUGGUCGGAUACGGUACAGAGAAAGGGAACGAUUAUUGGAUAUUUAAAAACUCGUGGGGUCCAAACUGGGGCCAAAAUGGGUUUAUUAAAGUGGCCAGGAAUAAACAUGAGAACUACUGCGGAAUAGGUUAUGGAAUGUUUCUAAUAGAUCAAAAAUCAGAAGGUAUUCCAGAUUCUGUCGCCGAGAAUUCAAUAUAAAAAUUAAUAACAAAUGUAAAUAACAAUAAAUAUUUAAAAAUGUUACGUAAUAAAAUAUAUAAAAUAUAUAAAACAAUAUUCUUUAUGUGGAAUUAUGUUCAUACAUUUUGUAAGUAUUAUAGAAAUAUAUUACAUAAAUUUUAAUCUAUGUAAA